ACCUUGCUCUGGACGUUAGUACUGAUUUGUUCAAAAACCAUCGACGCCCGGUUGGUACGGGUGAAUCUGCAUGACAUGUCACCCAGGUCGAAUCACUCGGCAUGUACCUGCUUGUUGCCUUCUUUGCCGUGGUCUACACAAAGUGCAGCUCUGAUCUCUUUAUCAUGACCGCUUCGCUCGUUUUGCUCGUUUGCCUUGAAGCCUUUUGUUUUACUCAACUCAUACUUCUUUGCUCUGUCCUUCUUGGAAAACAUUCCAGGGUAACCAAGCCGCGGUCAUGCCCCCGACUACUUGGGGUAAACCUCUUCUUCAUCCUCACUUACAUGGUGGUUAGUGCCAUAUCAUUCGAGUUCGACCCAGACCACUUUCUAACAUGGACUGCUUUCGUGACCCCACUUGAAUCUCUUUACAAUUUACAUGAGCCGGCCCAGCUGCGUCUCCUUGCGGCAACAAGCACGUGGUCCAUGAUGGGACCCUUGGUCCUCUUGCCGGAGUGCAUUGGCAUUGGAAUCUUGUUCCGGUUCAAUAGAGUUCUGCAGGUCGUUCCGGUCAUAUUUCAUUGCGGGUGGACUAUGUUGUGGACCUUCGAUAGUCAAGCUACAUGGUACGAGAAUGUGGCGAGGUGGGCGUUUUGCCUGCUGCAAGCACUUUCUGUUAUCCCAUUAGUUUUAGGAUUCCAUGAAGCAUGCAUAGGAAUUCUCCUGGGCUUGUUCGUGCUGAAUACGCUAUACCGCGAGCUAGUUGUUUCCAGAACUAUUGAGGAGCAAUUCUCCCUCCGCUCGAUCACCUCAUCAAGCCAAGCGCCAACCGGGAGCAGCGAUGCAAACUCUGUACGCGUCUGCUUGUUAGGCGGGGACUUCAGUGGUAGAGAUCUCUUUAUAUCUUCGGUAAACCUUCAAGAAAAGGAUUGGACCAAGGACGAUCUCAAGGUGCCUAUUGGUCGUAACAAAGUUCACUCGUAUCCGGACCCUUCUACGUGCAAAGGAGUCAAGUGGAAGUGCUAUGAGUUACACCGUUUAGUCGGUUCUGCUGAUCAGUCAAUUGAAAUAUGGGACACUUGCGAUCUCUCUUAUCUCGGCGUUGAACUCUUCGAGUCUCACUGGUGGAGUACAUUGGAUGGCAUCAUUUUACUAUUUACACCUGCAGACGAGAAUUCGCUAUAUAGAUUCCACAGGCUACACGAUUGGAAUGCCUUUGGAAUGAAACAUGUACGACUCGCCUCAAUUCAAGGACGGGGAACGUCUUCGACGCCUGAGGAGGAAGUCAUCGAACGCGGGAUGAGGAUGGCAAAUGACAAGGGUUGGACUUACAUACGAGCGGAUGAAUUCGCGACUUUGUUCAAGAGUAGCGUAGCACGAUAGGUCUUGAGAUGAGUAGGCCAUACUGAGUUAGAUGAAUAGUCCCAGAAUAAAUAGUAUAAAUACGGA